CCUCCCAGGUCACCCCGCGCGCGGAGCUCGUUGGGCGCUCGGCUCUUCCUCCUCCAGCGAGCGGCGCUCCUUGGAGUCCCGCCUCCCUGCGCCCAACCCGUUGCCCCCGGCCGCUGCGCUCACGGGAGCCCCCGGCUUCUUUCGGGGCCUACCUCUUCCUGUCUCGGCGGCGAGCAUGGCGCGGCCGGCGGUGCCCAGUUCGCAGAAGGCGCUGCUGCUGGAGCUGAAGGGGCUGCAGGAGGAGCCCGUGGAGGGCUUCCGCGUCAGCCUAGUGGACGAGGGGGACCUCUACCACUGGGAGGUGGCCAUCUUCGGGCCCCCCAACACCCACUACGAGGGCGGCUACUUCAAGGCUCGCCUCCGGUUCCCCAUCGACUACCCAUACUCCCCGCCAGCCUUUCGGUUCCUGACCAAAAUGUGGCACCCCAACAUCUACGAGACGGGAGACGUUUGCAUCUCCAUCCUGCAUCCCCCGGUGGACGACCCACAGAGCGGGGAGCUGCCCUCGGAAAGGUGGAACCCAACCCAGAACGUCAGAACCAUCCUCCUUAGCGUGAUCUCGCUUCUCAACGAACCGAACACGUUCUCUCCCGCCAACGUGGACGCCUCCGUCAUGUACAGGAAGUGGAAAGAGAGCAGAGGGAAAGAUCGGGAAUACACAGAUAUUAUCCGGAAGCAAGUUUUGGGCACCAAGGCGGAUGCCGAGCGCGACGGCGUCAAGGUCCCCACAACCCUGGCGGAGUACUGCGUCAAAACCAAGACCCCGGUGCCGGACGAAGGCUCGGAUCUCUUCUACGACGACUACUACGAGGACGACGAGAUGGACGACGAAGUGGACAGCUGCUAUGGGGACAAGGACGAUUCGGGCAACGAGGAGUCUUGACAGGGGGGGUGGCCCCCUGCCCGUCUCCCCUCUCCUCCCCUUUGCCCCCCUCCAGCGCCUUCCUUCCACUGCUGCUUUCCCGCUACGGUUCCCGAAAGGAGCAAUAAACUGCCUUGACCCUUCUACUUGAAACCCACGAUGCGUCCGGCUGAGACUUUGGAUCCUGCCCUUGCUCCUUCACACACACACAGACACACACACAGACACACCCCGCCCCGUUUUGGCCCAGAGACAAAAAAGAAAAGAAAAAAAAGGAAAACAAAAAGAAAAGAAAAAACUCUACCUCAAGAGGGAGACUCCGCAGGCAGGGAGGGGGGAUGGUGGUUAGAGGGCUUUUUUAAUAUAUAUCUAUAUAAAAAGGGAGGGGGGACGAAACACGUCGUGUCGCUUUGGUUCGGGUUUUUAAAAAAAUGAAUCAACAUAGGGCACGGGGGAGGGAGCAAUAGCACUUCAGAGAAGCCCAUCCCGAGCUGCGGGGAGGAAUCUGACCCCUUGCACCUGCACGGCAGGCUGCAAACACAACACCAGUUGUGGGAUUUUUCGAGUGUCAAGCUUUGGUCCGUCCCCCUCCCCCCGGGUCUACUUUUUCCUUUCUUUUCGAAUUGCUGAGACCAUGGAGAAUUCUGAGCAAGACUGGCCUGUAAACAGCUAAGAUGCUUGGAUGCAUCAGCUGUCUUUCUAGCUAAGAAGUUGUCCCUUUUAACACAACCUGGUGAAUUGGGACUCGGGGGUGGGGGUGGGGGUUGUUCCUUGAUCUUUGUUUUUUGUGCUGCAGUUUCCUUUGCAGCCAUUAGGGGGCGCCCUUGCUCUCCUGGACACCCUCCUGACCAUUCUGGUCGCCUGUUCUUAGUUUAGAGGGUCUGUUUCAGGGUGGAUUGGAUUGAAAUCAAACGGCUGUAAAUCAAACAAUCUGAACUUUUUUUUUUGACGAUUUAAAUUUUAAAAAUCAGUUUUUUAAAAUUUAAAUCAUUAAAACAAUUUGUUUUUGUUUUUUUUAAUCAUUGAUUUAUGUCCACUCUGGUAUGUUUGCACCCUGGUUACGUGUGUGUGGGAUUUUUGUUAGGAGUGGUGGAAAUCCGCCAGCAUAAGAUAAUGAUUUUUCUCAUAGAUCUGUAGAGAAAAGUUGGGCGGGAGGGCUUGUUAUUAUUAUUUUUUCUGUCACCAGGAUUUUUUGUUUCCUCUGUUCAGUUUUGCUUUGUGGUUUUGUUUUGUGUUUUUUGAGGGGUGUUUUUCUCCCCCCCCUUGUGUUUUUUGCUCCCCCAGUUUUGAAACUAUUUAAUAAAAGGACUUUGAAUGGACUUGCUGGAUGAGUAGCGGCGUUGAAUGUUUGCAAAAAGACCACUGGGUCAGGCUGGUUCCUGGCGUUGACUCCUCUGGCAUGCUGCUGGAUUCCCAGAAUCCGUGGCCAGUAUGGCUUCUGAUCGGGGUAUGGUGGGAACUGUAGGCCACCAAGCAUUCGGGGACUCAAUGGGUGGAGCCACUAGAGUGGAACGGAACAUUGUCUGUGAACACCAGAGAUGAUGAUGUUGCCUGUUCAGCUUCUAAAUAAGCUCAGGGCAGACAAAAACCUCUUUUCUACGACUAGAAGGAUCACGGAGAGUUGUUUAGAGACUAAUGCUGGAUCAAAGUGGUCUCGCAGCCGAAGUCUUGCUGAUGAAAAUUGGUCCUGGCUCUCUUCCAACUGCUGUUCUGUCAGGUUACUUCCAACCUUGUGAAGGAGGGCUCUCCAAAAUGUCCCGUCCUCCACAGCCCUGCUCAGCUCUGGCAAAAUCAAAAGUUGUGGUUCCUUUAGGGAGACAAUCCCUCUCACAUGGAGGUCUUCCUCUUUUCCUGCUGCCUUCCACUCUUCCAAGUGCGGUCUUCUCCAGACAAUAUGGUGCAACCCAUUUGAAGAGGAAGAGAAUGGGUACGGCUGACCUUUCUGGAUCUAUUUAUGUCCCCUAGGACGUGGGCGUUGUGAGCACAUGUUGGGAGUUGCCUGUCGUUCCUAGUAAGGUGCUGCCUCAUGUCUGUGUGUUUGUCUUUGCUUGACCACACAGGAGAAGAGUUAGUUGGCUUGAGAGAACUGCAGAAGCAAAACUGAUGGAAAGAAGGGCCGGGUUACCUCUGAGCAUACAUAGAGCUCUUUCUGUGAAAGAAAAGGAAGAAAGAACCACUCUGAGUUACUUAAGUACUCCUGAGCAUGCAUGUAUUGUGUUUUUCUCCACUCCUGGGAAUUGUGUGGCUGCUUCAGACAGGCCUGGUCUUGACUUUGAUGCGAACCUCUGAGGUAACAAGUUCCAAGGCCCAUACUUAUCUGUCGUUAGUUACUUUUUGGCAAAAUGUGUGUAAUUUAAGUUACAUUUGAAAAACUAUGCAACAAACAAUUCAGGUAGUUUAGCUGAUGUAAUGAGGAACAUUUGUAGUUACUUUCAAAGGGUAAUUUUAGAGGGCAAUCUUAGGAUGAUCCCUAGAGGUGUUUUUAAACUUCUGUGCCUUUCUCUUAUUCUUUGUAAUAAAAAAAAAACCUUUAAAGUUA